UAAAGCCGUUAGAUGUCGAGGAACUUCAUGAAAUGACAGACUGUCAUAGUACAGAAGACAGUGGAUUCUGCGUCAGAUGCAGGAGUCUCGUGAAAGACGAUUCUUUUAUUCAGACCCUUGGAGGUGAUUGGCAUUCAAAUUGUUUUCGGUGUUCCCAGUGUAACAAAAGCUUAUCCAACUGGUACUUUGAGAAGAAUGGACAACUAUAUUGUAAGCAGGAUUACUGGGCCCUGUAUGGAAAUGUCUGUAACAGAUGUGGCCUUAUUAUCACAGGACCAGUCAUGGUGGCAGGAGACCAUAAGUUUCACCGAGAAUGUUUCCAGUGUAACAACUGUGACAUGUUCAUAGAGAAUGGACAAACAUAUGCACUGGUGGAGCAGCAUCUAUUGUUCUGUGGAGAGUGUUACAAAAUAAAAAUGAAACCUGUCCUGAUCACGUCUUCCAGUCAAAAUAAGGGGGCACAUUCCAUCCAGCUGAUUGAGAUUCCACCUGCCUCAACUGGACAGAGUCUAAGACUAGAUCACAAUUUGAGUCCAGAAUUAGAUGCUGUUAGUGUUGGAGACAAGAUCCUGGAAGUAAACGGGAUGCCAGUAAAGGAAAGCUCUGUUGAGGAGAUUGACCAGAUUUUACAAAAUUCCGGAGAACCUAUACAACUGAUAUUAGAAAGGGGAGCAUCUACCCUUUUCUCCCCAUCUAAAAGUCAAACAGAUUCCAGGAGCAGUAACUUCUUUCUAAGUCCCAAUGGUUCACCAUUCUCUGAUGAUGAGACUCUGCCUAGAGAGAAAAUCAUCAAUGAAGUCAGUGUGAAAAGAAGAGCCAAGAAAGAUCAAAUGAAUAAAAACACAUCCAGAAGAAGGAGUAAGUCACCCUCGCCGAUGCCUUCCCGCACAAAAAGUGUUGAUCUCACUCGAGCCUCCUCCUUCAAGACUCAGCCAACAUCACACAGAGUUUUCAGAGCCACUGACCUUAUCCAGGGGGAAGUGCUUGGCAAAGGUUUCUUUGGACAGGCUGUUAAAGUGACUCAUAGAAUAACAGGGGAGGUAAUGGUGCUAAAAGAAAUGUAUAGAUUUGAUGAAGAAGUUCAAAAAAGCUUCCUCAAAGAGGUUUCGGUGUUACGGAGUGUUGAUCAUCCACAUGUACUGCAAUUUAUGGGAGUUCUGUAUAAGGACAAAAAGCUCAAUCUGAUUACAGAGUAUGUCUCUGGUGGUACUCUUGGAAAUCUAUUGAAAGACCUCUCAGUUUCCUUAUCCUGGAAACAAAGAGCAGAGUUUGCCCAGGGCAUUUCACAAGGAAUGGAAUAUCUACAUUCCCUUGGAAUCAUACACAGAGACUUGAACACCAACAACUGUUUUGUUAAAAAUGAUAUGACUGUGGUUGUUGCUGAUUUUGGAUUGGCAAGAAUUUUACCAGAUCAGUAUCAAUAUCCCUAUCAGAUCAAAGCAGGAAAAAGCAAGCGUCGUUAUCAACGCAAGAAACGCUACACAGUGGUGGGCAGUCCGUACUGGAUGGCUCCUGAGAUGCUAAAGGGCAAAAGUUACGAUGAAAAAGUAGAUCUUUUCUCAUAUGGCAUUGUUGUGUGUGAGAUUCUUGCCAGAGUUGAAGCAGAUCCUGACAUUUUACCCAGAACAAUAACUUUUGAAUUGGAUGUCACAAAAUUCUUCCAAAAAUUCUGCUCAGAAAAAGAUUUUCCAGUAUCAUUCUUCAAAAUUGCCACAAUGUGCUGUCAAAUAACUCCAGAAAACAGACCCAGCUUUGAUAGAGUAAGCAUCUGGACAGAGAGUCUCCUGGUUCAUUUGGAGCAUGGUGGACCAUUACCCCCAGAAUUACAGGGAGAUCCUAUAGAAUAUUAUUAUGCCGUGAGAGAAGGAAGAGCUUCAGAAAAUUCAGUACAAUUUGAAAACAAGUCUAGAACAUCAUUGGAUACCAUCACUGAACAAAACAAAGACACGUCAAAUGGACUCUCACAGGCUAAAAAAUUUGUGAUUGAAAAUAUAGUGGAAAAAACAAAACCAGAAUUUGGAAGAGACAGGAGUUAUAGUGAAAAUUCUUUGUCUAAAUCUUCUGAUAUGUUGUCUGUGACUACUUCAAGCAUUGGGGAGUCUCUGAGUGACAUUGAUACUUCUGUUGAUGUGGUUACCACCAUUUUGGACAAGCUGAAUUUUCAAGAAAGUACAAGUGAUGUGGAAAUUUCUAGCACAUUUGGGGAUACCAAACUCUCUCUGCCAAAUCACAGGACUUUAGCGAGUACUGAUAUUGACAGUGAGUGUGAUCAAGUCUUGCAGUGCAAUACUUCAUACAGUGAAGAACCAAAGUCCACAGAUUGGGAAGCAAUCGUCUCCCCUAAUUCUUUGUAUAACAAAGAACUUGACCUCAGUGAUACCAAGUUUUUAAAAGACACUUCUACGCCCAAAUAAUGUUUCUCAGAGAUGAACAAUGUUCUUUGUCGUAUGUGAAAGUGAAACAUACAAAGAGUUCAAUAAUUCAGAGUCACAUUUAUUAUAAUUUACAUAACACCAAAAUCAAUUUUUUUCUUAAAUAUCUUGCAAAAUCAUUCCAUUUGUGUAGUCUGAAAAAUGUAAAUUUGACACUGCAUGGUGCACCAGUACUUAACGAGGCAGAGUCUAAUUAUUUCUACCCUAGAUAUUUUGAUAAAUUUUCUUGAAUGAAUUUUUACUAUUAUAUUAAUUAUUUUAAGAUAAAUAUAUCAAAUGUUUACCAUCCCGAUGUCAAAUUUUACUAUUGGACUCUAUGGGAUUUUGUUGGAAAAGUGCCAAAUUAUCACAUUUUCCCCAUAUUCUUUGGUAUUUCUACCCUAGGGAUUUUGUUUUCAGUCAAAUACAGGAAAGUUAUUGUAAAAAGUCACCAAACUGUGAAAUUUCAAAAAAGUUCACCAUCUGGUUUGGUCUAGGUAUUAUUACAAAGUUUAUUUUUUCGCAGUGCCCAAUACCUCUUAAUUUGCCAUAUUGCAGCAUACAUUUUAAUUGUAUGUUUCGGCGCAGAUGAAUUAUUUUGGUAAAAAAUAACAAUGUUUAGAUUGCUAGUAUGUUUCUUUUGAUGUUCUGUCAACAGUGUUUAAUAAAAUGUCCAUGGAUACCAAAGUAAUUAAAAGGUAUGGGGACAAAACUUGCAUGGAUGAUGCAUCUAGGAUUGCACAGUACAGAGUUGCUUCAGAGCCUGGAUAUGACCUACAUUUUUUAGAUUAGUGACCAGUUUAAUUUAAAAUGUUUUAUAGCAAUCUCAUUCCCAAGUAACUCUAAGCCUUAUAGUGAACAAACAUGAAUUGAUGAUAUAUCUAGGGAUACACACUACAAGACAUCCUUCAGAUGCUGUAUCAGACCUACAUUUUUAGGAUGAUUGACUAGCUUAAAGUUUAAAAACAUGUCCAUUCUCAAAAUAAACCUUUUGGUGACUUAACAUCCAUGGAUGAUGCAUUCACAGUACCAGACCCUUUGGAUGCUGCAUCUAACCUACAUUUUUGGAGCAAGUCCAUUCCAAAGUAACUAUUAGCCCACCUGGGGCACUUGGCACUUGUGCAUGGAUGAUGCAUCUAUAAGGAUGCACACUACCAGACCUGCUUUGUAUGCUGCAUUUGACCAACAUUUUCCAGGUGAUUGAACAGUGAAUGCUUUUGAAGCAGGUACAUUUCAAGUAACUUUAAAUCCUAUUCAGACCAAACUUGCAUAGGUUUUGCUUCUAGGGGAGCACACUGGUCAUGUAGUGUGGGACUUUGCCUUGCUUAUAAAUAAUGUAUUGCAAUAUAUUUUAGUUACACUUGAAUGCGCAGAGUUAGGAUUGUGUAAUUAUUAAUAGCCCAUUAAUUUUUAUUUAUUAUUCAAGAACUUUUUAUAGCAAGUAGUGUCACAUAUCCAUUUUUUUUUAAUUUUAAACAGUAUUUAGCAGCAAGUACUUCAAAAUGCAUGUACACACAAAUUUAACCUGUAGUUUAUAUUUAUUAUGUCAAUACAAAUAUCGGAAUGUAUUAAAAAAUAAAUAUGAUUUGAAUCGAUGUGGAGAUUUUUAGGUUCUUGCACAAAAAUAAUGAUAAAUUUGUGAGUUUUGAACCAAGCCUUUCUAAACAACCCCUUUUCCAAGUCAACUGAAGAAAUGGAAUUUGAACAACCUUGACCUAAAGCACUUAAGAACAUUCCAAUUACAUGUAUAUCAUAGUUUCAAUCAAUGAUGUUGAUGUGGUUAAGUGCUUCAAGUGUGUGCAAUUUGUAUUAUGUUAUUUAUGUUAUAAUUUUAAGCGACAAAGUUAUAUUUAGAGUGGUUUAAAAAUGCUACACAAGACAAAGUUGUAUCAGGAAGCUUUAUCAAUAUUUAGGAAAUAACAUGUCAUGUAGAGGUAUAUUUUAUAUGCAUUUUUAUUUGCCUACUUUUCAGCUCAUAAUCAACCAAUUUAAGUGAUAUAUUGUAAGGUGCUAUGUUUAUUUUUCUCACUGUUUUAAGCAGUUUCAUUUUUUAUGUAUUUUGAAAAUGUCCAUUUUAUUUAAAGGUGUAUGAUUUAUAAUUGCAGAUAUUUUUGU